GCUCUUUCUCAAUUCAAAGCCCCCGUACAAGCUGCCCGUUCGUGUUCCACUUGAAAUUGCCAUCACGGCACACCUUGUUUCGGCUGGUGGGUUAGGGCGCCGCAUAUAGUGAGUCGAGAGCUUAUCACUAUGUGUUCUGACCUUGAAUCCUGACACAUUGACCACAAAGCUCUAUGAUCCGUCGGUAUAAUGGCUCGUUGUUUGGUCUUUUCAAGAGUCACCAGAUUCUUGUCGAUCUACCAAAUAUUGACAAGUUCAUGUCUCAAGGUCAUGCCUACCUAGAACACAUGCCAACACAGAUAACACUUAUGAUACGAGUGUUUGGUGCUGAAGACUCCCAGAGGCUUGUUGAUGUAUGCGACUCGACUGUCAAAAGUUUACUCAACGUCAUCGAGAAAGAAUUUACAGGCGAAGCCCCCUCGACCGCUGCAUUAGAGCGAGGCAAUGUCGCUCAUAAGAUGUCGUCCUUGAUUUCUUACAACGACAAGAAAGAUGAUAUGCACCCAUGGGAACGGUCUGCGAAUAUCAAGGUCCUUGAGAAGGGUCAAUCGGGUGCCGUGGAGGCCGAUCUAAUGAGCUUGAUGCGUGAUUUCGGGGGUCAUGUUGCCAUCCCUGUGCUUUACGGGAAGGACCUCCUGCAGCGAUACCCUACUCUUCUGGACGAUCUGUGGAAGUUCGACAACGACCUCUUCCCCUUGCUUAUAAUAGGCAUACCGACAUGGGCUCCUUUUAAAAUGGUUAGAGAAGGCGUCGCAGCACGUACUAGACUGAUCAAAGCAAUGGAAGGCUUGUAUCGUCGUAUCGACCAAUAUCAGAAGGGCGAGCCCGUCGACUUUGGCGCCGACAUGUCAGAUGUUGGUGUUGCCACGGAACGCAACAAAAUCUAUGCCAAGCACGAUGUGCCCUUUGGGAUCCGCGCAGACAUGGAUUUUCCGUUUCUAUGGGGACAAAAUGGAAAUACUCAGCCGCUGUUGUUUUGGUACAUCAUAUACACGUACUCUACUCCAGGACUCGUGGAGAGAUUUAGGGAGGAAAUGGCACCACAUGUCAAGCUAUCUCCCGGGAAAGGCCCCAUUGAAGUUGAGUCGAUUGACAUAUCGGCCUUGAACCGGGACUGCCCGCUUAUGAAGUCGGCGCUUUUCGAGACCUUUCGCUUCGGAAACGAAGCAACAUCAAUUCGUCGAGUUGCGAAACCGUUGUCCGUAGCAGAUGGAAAGUAUCAGCACCAGUUACAACCCGGCAGUUACAUAUCCGCACCCUGGGCUCUCCACCAGAAUGACCCUUCGGUCUACCCAGAACCGGAGAAGUUUCUGCCGGAGCGGUUCCGAGAUGUGGACGCAGCAACGGGAAGAAAGGUUGCUCGCUAUGGACCGUUGCGGCCCUGGUCUGUAGGACCAGGGUCAUGUAAAGGCCGUACAUUCGCUGAAAAGGAGAUCUUGACCAUUGCAGCAUGUCUAUUGAGUGUGUGGGACCUCGAGCCAGCCGCUGGGGAAUGGAAAGUCCCAAAAGCUUUUCCAGGUACUGGCGCAAAGAGACCGGUGAACGAUGUUCGUGUCAUCUUCAGACGAAGGUUUAACAAGUAAGCACUGAAGGUCGCUGAUAAAUCUAAUUUGCUUAUAAAGCUUGGUUUU